AUGGCCUUGAACGGCUUCACUCUCGACUAUCCUGCCUCCAGCCGCGAUGAAGACCACAAUCCGGGGGUGUCUGCCCACAUCCCGCCUCCGCUCACAUCACAAGAGUCACCGUACAUGGGUUUUGCCACCCCCCACGUCGGCAACUAUGCUUUCAACAUGUUGCCAGAGGGGAGUCUGCCAUUGCAGAACUUCGACAGGCCCGAACCUCAGCCCGAUCUUGAAGGCCGCAUGUCCAACGUGAUGUUGGCCUACGACUCAAUGCCCAUGAACCUUGACGCGAGCAACGCUUUUGCCUACGACGGGUCAGCCACCUACCCCGCGACAUCCAUGGGAAUCACCUCCCAGAUAGAUCCGGCACAGUUCCAUCCCACCUACCCGUCAUUCCCGCAGUCGAUGCCAAUCAAUCAAUACCCACAGCAAACGGGCGUCCCCCCCGGUCUCAAGGAACUUUAUACCACCGGCACUAAUUCCACGAACAGCUUUGAGGAUUCCGACUUUUCUCGGGCCAGCGAUCCUUCCCAGGUAAAGCCACAUGCUGCGCGGUUCCAGGGGCGCCAGGGGCUCCAGCAAACUGCACCUGCGGCACCACGGGCCCCGCAACCGGUCCCAAUCCAGCCCAAGAAGCCCGUCGCCCCCAGAGUAGCGGAUCUGUCACCGGGGCUGGUCAAACCAGAUACCGCCAAGUCUGAACACACGGGAAUUUAUUCGAGCAGUGGUUUCGAUGUCUUGGGCGUCCUGAGCUUAACAUCGGACCAGGGCCGAGUGGCAAUGCGACCGAACCCUAAAAUCAACAUCGGUGCUGUUGAUCUCUCCUGCGCUUUUGUACUCUGUGACAUUCUGCGUGAAGACCAUCCAAUUGUAUAUGUCUCGGAAGCCUUCGAACGGUUGACAGGCUACACCAAGGACGAGAUUGUUGGCCAAAAUUGUCGAUUUCUACAGGGACCUGACGGCAAAAUUGAUCCUGGUAUGCAAAGGUCCUUCGUUGACGGGCAGACCGUCUACCGUCUCCGGUCAACCAUCGACGAUCGAAGCGAGAUCCAGGCCAGCCUAAUCAACUACCGCAAGGGUGGACAGCCUUUCAUGAAUCUUAUCACGAUGAUUCCCAUACAGUGGGACUCGGCAGAGUAUCGAUUUUAUGUUGGGUUUCAGGUCGAUUUGGUGGAAAAGCCCGACGCUGUGACGAGGAGAAAUCCCGGUAGGUUAUUCGGCCCUUGUUUGCGUCGUGCAUUAUCGCUUAUCUGCCUUCUUCGUAUAGAUGGUACCUACAGCAUCAAUUACCAGCGCGAUCAACUGCCUCAAUAUGUCGUCCCACCGCCAGAUGUGUACCGGGUACGACCAGACUUGGCCACUCAAUUCAGCCAUGAUGAAGUGACCGCCAUCCUUAACGCUGCGGGUGCACCCGGUCCCGAGGUCUCACGACAAUACCUUGAUCGUAUUCUGGUCGAGAACUCAGACGAUGUAAUCCAUGUGCUUUCUUUUAACGGCGAGUUCUUAUAUCUGUCGCCGUCGUGUCACCGGAUUCUGGAGUAUGAGCCCGCUGAGCUGAUCGGCAAGACGUUAUCAUCUAUCUGCCACCCCAGUGAUAUUGGUCCCGUGAUCCGUGAUUUGCGGGCCAGCACGACCCCUUCCCCGGUGAGUGUGGUAUAUCGUAUCCGACAAAAGUAUCGAGGAUAUAUAUGGGUUGAGAGCCACGGGGCAUGGCACAUCGACCCAAACCAAGGACGGCAGUAUCUGGUUAUGACUGGGCGCCCGCGACCCGUGUACUCGCUGGACCAGGUCGCUCGCCUGGGGUCAUCUGCCGCAUUGGCUGAGAACGACAUUUGGGCCAAGGUUUCUCUAUCUGGCGUUAUUCUGUUUGUCACUUCCAAGGUGAAACCGGUUCUGGGUCGCUCGCCGGACGACCUGAUUGGCAAGGGUUUGCAGGAGCUGAUGGAUCCCGAGAUGGGUCCCAGAGCAAUCACACAAGCCCUGGAGGCUGCAGCCCGUGGUCAAAAUCCUGGAAAUGGCCCAGGCAGAAGUAGCACGGGCGAGCCUCCCUCUUUCCGUCACCAGAUGCGCCACAAAAAAGGCCAUACACUUUCUGCACACACAACCCUAUACACCGGAGACUCCUCGCAUGGAACCAAGCCGUCAUUCUUUGUUGCACAAAUCCGAUUUGCCCGAUCCAUACCGCCCUCAAACACAGCGGCCGCCACGGCCGAGGACCAAGACCUCGCUAGCGUCCCCGGCAGUGCCCGAAAUGCCACCCUCACCACCGAGGAUGCCAACCCGCCCCGCCAAUAUGGAGCCUUGGGUCAACGCAUGCCCGACUUCUCAACCAUUAUCGGCCUCAACGGGUUGCCCACAGGUAACCGCAGUCUUUCACCGUCUGCCAACCCCGCGACUCUCUUCACCGAGCUCAAUCCCACUCGUGGUUCCAGCUGGCAGAUCGAACUGCGUGAGUUGGAGAAGCAAAACCGGGGCCUGUCAGAUGAGCUGCAACGCCUGCUAAGCCGGCGGAAGAAGCGCAAGCGCAAGCAAAGCACCAUAUCGAUCGAUAAAGCGUGUGCCGUGUGCGGCACGAAAAACACCCCCGAGUGGCGGCGUGGACCAAGCGGGAACCGCGAUUUGUGCAAUAGUUGUGGUCUGCGGUGGGCAAAGCAGGUCCGCGGUCAAGCCCAAGCGGCGGCAUCGGCCGGGGAUGGAAAUGGGGCACGCGACGUCUGA